CUCGUGAGGAAUCAUGACAAGUGAACACCCUUUUCUCUCUCACACAUACAGAAGAAGAGAAGAAGACCCAAAAAAGAACAAAUUGAUUAGCACCAUAAAUACUUUACAAGAAUUCAACUCCACUCCAUCUCUCUCCUCAAUCUUCACACCACCAAAAAUGGGAAGCACCGAAGAUGAUCACUUCCAAAAAAAGCAUCAUCAGCCAAACAAAACCAAAUACAUGCUCAAGCUCUUACUCAUAAUCAUAUCCACAAAUCUCCUCACUAUCUACAUCUUCACCGGCCCUCUCUCCUCCACUACCUCUCCAUCCUCCGCCGACUCCACCACCACCAUCCUCCUCCGCGAACUCAACCACACCCAAACCGAGCUAACCGCCACCCGCUCUCAAGCCGCCAAUCUCAACCGACAACUCCAAACCACCAACAAACUCGUCGAAACCCUAGUCGCUGAACUAAUACAUAUCCAACAAACCCCCGACCCAACUCCAGAUUCUGUUUCUGAUGAAAACAUGUCAGAAGAGGUCCAGCUCGCUACUGGGUCUCACAAGCUCCCCCUAGGGACAAACAGUCGGACGGGUAUAGAUAUUAUGUAUCCUUCUGUCGGUGGAGCUUGCUGGAAGUUCCCUGAAGAACUAGCUCAGUACAUGGACUACAAAGUCGGCGGUGAAUGCCCCACAGACGACGUAUUCGCUCAAAAAUUGCUAAUGAAAGGAUGCGAACCUCUCCCGAGAAGAAGAUGCCGAUCGAAGUCUCCGAUAGGAUAUACUGAUCCCAAACCCUUACCGGAGAGUCUAUGGUCGACACCAUCCGACACAAGCAUAAUAUGGGAGCCGUAUACUUGUAAGAGCUACAAAUGUCUCAUAGAUAGAAAAAACGCGCCAGGUUUCUACGAUUGUAAAGAUUGUUUUGACCUAAAUUUUAGGGAAAAGAGCAGGUGGAUGUUCGAUAAAAGUUUGGAUUACGGGAUAGAUAAGGUUAUCGCAACGAAACCAAAAGGAACCAUUCGGAUUGGGCUCGAUAUUGGGGGCGGGCCAGGCACUUUCGCGGCGAGGAUGAAGGAAAGGAAUGUUACUAUCAUAACGUCUUCGAUGAAUCUCGACGGUCCGUUCAAUAGUUUCAUUGCUUCAAGGGGAUUGAUUCCGCUGCAUUUGAGUGUAUCGGAACGAUUACCUUUCUUUGAUAAUACCCUUGACAUUGUGCAUUCGAUGCAUAUCAUGAGUAACUGGAUUCCGGACAUGAUGCUUGAGUUUACUAUGUACGAUGUGUUUAGGAUUUUGAGACCGGGGGGAUUGUUUUGGUUGGAUCAUUUCUUUUGCUUUGGGUCGCAAAUGAAUUCGACCUAUGUUCCCAUGUUGGAUAGAGUUGGAUUUAAGAGAUUAAGGUGGAAUGUUGGGAAGAAACUCGACAAAGGGAAGGACGAGUGGUAUUUUUCGGCCUUGUUGGAGAAGCCAAUGACUUGAUUCUCCUAUUGAAUGAAGACCACCGGUGAAAGUAUUUUGGAACCCUUCCAUUUCUGAUGCAAUUUCUUUUACUAGCUUAACUAGUGUUCAUCCAAUUUUUUUGAUAUCAAAUAAAAUUAACUCAAUCAUAUAAUUUGUAUCCAUUAAAAAAACAAAACUAUAAGACUUUUAAAAUUUAUGAAUCAUAAAAUUUUUGAAUAAUAAAAUCUCAAUAAAACAAGUACUUAUGUCU